UGCCCCAGGUUUUGGUUGCUUCUCCCUUGAUUAGCAAUUCUUUGAAAUCUGCCUUCUGGAACUCGGGAAGGUUUGGAGGCUGGAGUCUUGCCUACAAGAAAUGGAGAACAGGAAGGCCUCUGUACCUGAGAGCCCCACAGAAUCCUGCUUGGUUUCAGAAUCCCAACUCUGUGAUCCUGGGCAAGUUACUUAAACUUUCUGCACUUCACUUUCUUUAUCUGAGAAUCGGAGACAAUAUCUUAUGAUACAGAUAAAAGAGACCAACGAUCAGAUACUCACUUGGAGGGCGAGAAAUAUGGUACUCCAAGGGCAUAUGAUCCGCAUUUCAGAGGACCCGUUGUCAACAGGAGUUGUACAGAUGUGCUGUGCUGCAUGAUCUUCAUACUGUUCAUUAUGGCCUACAUUCUUUUAGGACUUGCAGCCUGGGUCAAUGGUGACCCCAGAAGAGUGGCCUAUCCUACAGACAGCCAGGGCUACUUUUGUGGCCAGAAGGGCACCCCCAAUGAGAACAAGUCCAUUUUGUUUUACUUUAACCUGCUCACCUGUACCAGUCCCUCCGUGGUGGUAAACCUACAGUGCCCUACCACACAGAUCUGUGUCUCCAAGUGCCCAGAAAGAUUUUUAACUUACAUGGAAAUACAAUUUAAGUACAAAAAUGACAGUGAAUACUGGACAUACUACAGCCAGUUCUGCCGGACUACUUUUCUUAAGCCUGCGGAGACUCUCUCACAAGUUUUACUGGAUAAUGAUUGUCCAUCAGCGAUUUAUCCAAGCAAACCUUUUCUCCAGAGAUGUUUCCCAGACUUCUCUACUAAAAAUGGCACUUUAACAGUAGGAAAUAAGACAGUGUUUGAUGAUGGAAAUGGAAAGACAAGAAAUGCUGCAGAACUCAGAAGAGCUGCAAAUGGUAUCAAUAAAGCCCUUGAUGCAAGGGCAAUUGGAGUGAAGGUGUUUGAAGACUAUGCAAUGACAUGGUAUUGGAUUCUCAUUGGCCUGACUAUCGCCAUGUUCCUCAGCUGGAUGUUUGUGAUGCUCCUGAGGUUCACAGCUGGAUUGCUUUUCUGGAUCUUCACCUUUGGUGUGAUUGGAAUCAUAGCUUAUGGAAUAUGGCGCUGUUACCUAGAAUACAGCCGUCUUCAGGAACAGCCAAGUUCUCACUUAAAUGCAUAUUCCAUUGGGAUUCAGACUGACAUAAGCAUGUACUUUCGCCUGAAACAAACAUGGUUCGCACUUAUGAUAAUACUCUGCCUCCUUGAACUGUUCAUCAUCCUCAUGCUGAUCUUCCUCAGGAACCGAAUCCGUAUCUCCAUCGCCCUGCUGAAGGAGGGGAGCAAAGCCAUUGGAUACAUCCCUAGUACUUUAAUUUAUCCAGCUUUAACUUUCUUUUUCCUCUCAGUCUGCAUUUCCUACUGGGCUGUGGUAGCACUUUACUUGGCUACAUCAGGGGCACCAAUAUACAAAGUCAUAGCCCCACAGGGCCAAUGUGAACAUGAAAAUAAAACCUGUGACCCAGUGGGUUUUAAUACAACUGAAAUUGCCAAAGCUUGCCCUGGGGCUCAGUGUCAUUUUGCUUUCUAUGGUGGAAAGAGCCUAUAUCAUCAAUACAUCACUACCUUCCAGUUACUCAAUCUAUUCGUCUUUCUCUGGCUUAUAAACUUUGUCAUUGCAUUGGGUCAGUGUGCCCUUGCUGGUGCCUUUGCUUCUUAUUAUUGGGCCUUGAAAAAACCUGAUGACAUCCCACCCUAUCCACUUUUUACUGCAUUUGGACGAGCCAUAAGAUAUCACACAGGAUCCCUAGCAUUUGGAUCUUUAAUUCUUGCAAUAAUUCAAAUGUUCAGAUUAAUCCUAGAAUACUUGGACAAACGUCUUCAAGAGGCCCAGAGCAACAUUUCUAAAUUCCUAAAAUGCUGCCUGAGAUGCUGUUUCUGGUGUUUGGAAAAAGCAGUAAAGUUUUUGAACAGAAAUGCCUAUGUUAUGAUGGCAAUAUACGGCAAAAACUUCUGCAAGUCAGCAAGAGAUGCUUUCAAUCUGCUGAUGAGAAAUAUUUUAAAAAUUGCAGUUAUGGAUAGAGUGACAGACUUUGUACUAAUCCUGGGAAAGAUUCUAGUUGCUGGCUGUAUAGGUGUCCUGGCCUUCCUGCUUUUCACCGAAAGACUCCCAGUGAUUAUAGAAGGACCAACAUCUUUAAAUUACUACUGGGUACCUUUGCUGACAGUGAUUAUUGGAUCUUACAUAAUUGCACAUGGAUUCUUCAGCGUCUAUGCAAUGUGUAUUGAAACAAUUUUCAUCUGCUUCUUGGAAGAUUUAGAAAGAAACGAUGGUUCUGCUGAAAAACCCUAUUACAUGAGUCAGUGUCUGAUGAAGAUUAUGAACAAGCGAAAUGCAGAAACCAAGAAGCAGUAGAAGUGCAAACUCGGGUCAUCCUGCAGCGGCGUCACCUUUGGCUCAUCUCCUGCGUCUGUGCUGCACUUCUCUCAUAAGUGCUCUGUGUGUGGAACCCUGUACUCAUGACCUUGUUGGCUUUGAUUUGCAUGUUUUAUACCAAAGCUUAUACUGUAAUAUGUGAAGCCAUCAGAAGUCGCAAGGGAAUUGUUAAUAACACGGAACAUUUUUUAUACUAAGAUCUUCUGUUUGGUAAUUCAUUUUUAAAGAGAAUGGCUUGGAUGUUUUGAAAAUGCUAGUGAAUAUGUUAAUAUUGUUUUAAAUAUUAGAUUGAAAAUGAUACAUUAUUUAAAGUAAUAGCUCCUAAUAUAUUUUUUAAAUUACAACUAAAAGACUUCUGCAGGGAAAAUUGGUAAGCAAAGUGAAAGAGAAGAUUUUAAAGUUUUCCCCACUCCCAUUUGACAGUAAAUUGGUAAAAGGAGUACUCCACUCCAGAUUUUGCUCGAAGUAUAGACUGUUUCCUAUUAAACAAACUGUCAGUCAUCCAGCCUUUACUACUUCGUCCUCUCUGACAAAGUGCCUUACUGGCUGUUUAAUAUCACCCAGCUUUUGUGGGCAAGUUUACAAACAUUGUUUAAAAAAAAAAAUCCUGCAAUGUUUAGUGAUUAAAACAAGUCUUCUUGCAUUUGUUUUCCUCUUAGCUUACUGGUUGGAAACCAUUUGUCAUUUCACUCUGUUUGAUAGUCUCACUGUAUAGACUGCAUUUUGCAGCAUAAACAAU